ACUAUAUAAAAGGCCUCGGCUAAAUCAAUUAAUCAGUUCAAUCCGAACAUUCAACAGGAAUAAAUUAAUUAUGAAAUUUCUUCUGAUUCUGAGCAUUCUCGUCCUUUACUUGGCCUACACUUACGCCCAAGAGAACUGUCAAGGAAAGCCAAGACUUCGCCAAAACUGCAUACGUGGCAAGAAUGAAGGACAUUUCGAGCAAAGGUCAUGCCGGCGAAAUGCCAAUGCCAAUAUGUGGUACUACGAUGAACGGGCCAGGGAGUGCAGGAAGAUGAGGUAUCAUGGUUGUGGUGGCAACCGAAAUCGCUAUUGCUCCUUGAGGCACUGCCGCCAACGUUGCCCGCGCUGAAAUAUUAAGAAUGACCACAAAAGGCGAAAAUUUCUUGAAGGACCAUGAUUGCAAUAUAAACAAUAAAUAAAACAUACAUAUUUCUCACUUA